AUGAGAACUAGUGAUUUAGCAAUAUUCCAAGAAUAGCCUUUUACUUUUGAUUCCCUUUUUAAAUUUAGCGAUUAAGUACUGAUAUAAAAAUUAUAGAAUAGAAGAUAGGAAUGGAACUUUGUAUUGAAUUCUGUUCAAAAAAUACUUCUACAAGAUGAUGGUAAUACUGGCAUUAAUUUAAUAUCAGUGAACUAAAGAUAUGAGUUGUAAGCUAAAGUAAAAAUUUUAAUGUGGAGAAUUACAACUCUAAAGAAGAAAAAAUGA